AUGGCCGCCAACGGAGACCUGACUCCCCUUCGUCAUGGCAUCUACGCCCCUACCAUGACCUUCUUCAACCCCGACACAGAAGACCUCGAUAUUCCUACAAUCAAGAAGCACGCAGUCAGAUUAGCCGAAGCCGGCCUUGUUGGUCUGGUAUGCAUGGGCAGCAACGGUGAAGCUGUUCACCUCACACGCGAAGAGAAGGUUGCCGUGACGAAAGCAACGAGGGAAGCUCUAGACGAGGCUGGUUAUAAGAACGUCCCUGUGAUUGUCGGUGCAUCAGAAAUGAGCAUUCGCGGCACUCUCGAGCUCAUAAAUCAAGUUCACAAGGUUGGCGCCGAGUACGUCCUUCUGGUUCCUCCUUCAUACUACCGUUACGCCAUGGACGAAAAGGCCAUCAAGGAGUACUACAUCUCUGUCGCUGAUGCAACACCUUGCCCUGUCAUUCUCUACAACUACCCCGGUGCUGUUGCUGGCAUCGAUAUGGACUCGGACUUCAUGAUCGAGCUGGCCAAGCACCCCAAGAUCAUCGGUGCCAAAUUUACCUGUGGUCAGACCGGCAAAUUGACUCGUGUUGCUCUCGAGACCAACGCUACCUCGACCAAGAGUCAAGGCAGUGGCUGGAUGGCUUUCGGUGGUAUCGCCGACUUCACUCUCCAGACCGCCGCUUCUGGUGGUAGUGGUAUCAUUGCUGGUGGUGCCAACGUUAUGCCCAAGCUCUGUGUCAAGGUGUGGAACCUAUGGACCGAGGGCAAGUACGACGAGGCCAUGGAGCUGCAAAAGAUUCUUUCCAAGGGUGACUGGGUGCUCACCAAGUCGGCCAUUCCUGGCACCAAGGCAGCCAUUGAGAUGGAGUACGGCUACGGCGGUUUCCCUAGACGUCCUCUACAGAGACUAAGUGAGGAGGCCAGACAAAAGGUCAAACAAGGCAUUGCCGAAGCCAUGAAGAUUGAGAAGAGUCUGUAG